AUGUCGGGUGCAUCCUUGCUUGAUUCGAAAGCAGCCUUCAAGGGGAAGGUUCUCGAGUACGGGCUACCUUUGCCUGUCUUUGAGGGAAUUGUACGCCGGGGCGUUGACACUCUCAGCAAGGCUGCUUAUGCUGUCGGUGCACCGGGUGUACUGCGUUCGGAAGACGCCCUACGCGGGUUCUUAAAUCCUGAUGAGCCUGCCACUGUCGAGCAAGGCCAAGUGGCCAUCGCUAGGCAGCAAAUCGAGGGCCCAGAUGAGAAGCGGCAGGAUCUUCAACCUGCGGAGCGACGGUCCUUAGCCCUGGACUUGUGUGAAGCAGCGACCUUCGAAGCCUCGGAGCGCUGGCAUGCUGAGUUGCUACGUCACUUGCAACAGGCCCCGCCAAUGGAGUAUAAACAGGUGGACAUCAUGCAAAUCCUUCGUGCGGACCGUGCUGCAUGGACCUACAUGGCUGAGAAAGCGAACUCCUUGAAGAAGCGUGCCGAUGGUUCCUUGCCCAUGGAUGACCUUUUUGCUUCGCUCACCGGAGCUACUGAGGUCAUGAUGUUUCUCAUGCCCCUUCCCGGCGGUGGGCACCACAAGCGGCCUGCGCCGCCUGAACACACGGCGACCGCUGCUGCUGAUCCGGCCGCGCCUGCCAAGAAGUCUCGCACCAAGGCUCGACGCGAUCGGCAGAAGCAGCGCUUGCAAGAGGCCCUUGCUCUCGCGGGCACGUCUGCGCCACAGGCGCAGCCCCCUGCAUCCACAUUUCCUCCCAAGCCUCCUGCACCAUCUGCCCCUGUCGCUUUGCCGCCUGCUCCACCGGCUCCCAACCAUAAGGGGAAAGGCAAAGGCAAGCAUAAGCAGCAGCGUCAAUCUUGA